AUGAAGCCAUUCAAGAAACUAUUCUGUGAACGCUUUUCGUUCACGAUAUGUGCUACACGUUAUGGCCGAAGUGGUGAUUCCCCCCUUUAUCAGAAGACGGCUUCUUCUAUGACAGCUAGGCUCUUACCUCUGGUGAGGUACUUGAGUUCUUUUGCAUAUGAAAAGCUUGAUACAAUUUCCACGGCAGUUUUCUGUUGUCCACGAGUCCCUUUCCCAAGGAAAGGGAGGUGCCAUUAUUGUAGCCUACGUAAAAACUGUGGAGGGACUUCAUAUGCUUGGCACAUUUUUGUUGAGGCUGUAACAUCUGGUGACUAUAUCAAUGCGGCGUUGAGAAAGUGGCAGUGUGCUGUAUACAUCUGCAUUCUGGAGUCUGUGGCUUCCUGGUAUUACCUGCUGGUAUGCCGCUGA